UGUGUAUGUUUUGUCUGUGUUUUGCAGAAAAUCUGGGGUCCCACCAUACUAUGGAAAUUAAUCCUCCCUACAGUGAUCUUCAAAGAAAAGACCAGCGAGGGACUAUGGGUUUCCUGGGUGGGCUGGCGGGCACCAUGCUGCCAUCCCCGCCCCACCCGCCACACCAGGGACCACUUCCACAGCACCCGCAGGGGCCUACUCCCCAGCACCCACAGGGUCCCCAGCCUCAGCAGACCUCUUCAGCAUCGCCAGCAUCAGCAGGGGAGCUCCAGCAGCAGCAGCAGCAGCAGGAGCACCUGCAGUUCCAGCAGCAGCUGCUGGCCCUGAAGCAGGAGCAGCAAGUGCAGCAGCAGCUACUCCUGCAACACUACCAGCGGCAGCAGCAGCAGCUGGCCCAGCAGCACGAGAAGCAGCUGCAGGAGCGCAUCAAGGAGUACCUGGACCACCAGCGCCAGCUGCAGGAGGAGCACAAGCUGGAGCGGGAGCGCCAGGAGAAGGACCGCCAGCUGGACCAACUCCGCAAGAAGGACAAGCACGAGCAGAGUGCCAUUGCAUCAUCAGAAGUAAAACAAAGGCUGCAGGAAUUUGUGCUGAGCAAGAAACAGAGAGAGGCAGCUGCCAACAGUGCAAACACAUCACCACCAAACUUCAGAAACUGGUCGCGGCAACGGUCAUCGUUGGACCAGGCCUCACCACCGUCGACGAGUGCCGUUUCGCCUCAGUGCAGACAUCCGCUUCUGGGGAAGUAUGACGAUGAUUUUCCGCUUCGGAAAACAGCGUCGGAACCGAACCUUAAAGUGCGCUCUGUGCUGAAGCAAAAAGUAAUUGAGAGGCGGAGCAGCCCGCUCCUGCGGCGUAAAGACAAGGGUCCCGUCCCCUUGAAGCGGAGACCCCUUACAAUCGACGGCUGCAACAGCAAACCUGAUUCACUCGAAGGAUCGCCACCCAAUGGCUCACUGUCACUGCACUCCUCUCUGCAUUCCAGCAAUGGCAGCACUCCCAUUCAGGAGGAACCGGGCAACUCUCCGUACCAUCCGCUCUCGCAGGGCGGCACCAACGAUCUCACCCUCUACUCGUCGCCCUCCAUGCCCAACAUCUCGCUCGGGCGGCCGCCCGUCCCCUCCAGCUCGGCCGACGGGAAGAUCCUCAACUCCGUGUCCGAAGCCCAAGUGCGAGCCAUGGCCGCGGCGAGGCUGGGGAUGCCGCUCACUUCUCACGUUUUACAUUCGUCCCUGCCGUUCUGCUCACCCUUGCCAGUGAUAGACGGGGAGUUUACACCUCCGACUAGUCCGGGCUACAUCCAGCAGCAGAUGAAGGGCCUGGAGCAGUCCCCGGGCCAGGUGCUCCAGGUCAUGUACCCGCCGGGCACCGUCAUCACCGACGCCCAUGUGGCGCAGGCACGCCUCCAUCGAACCAUCCACCGACCCCUGGGCAGGACCCAGUCGGCACCCCUGCCCCUCGGGCACCCCAUGCUGCAGCCCCAGGGGGUCCUCAUCAAUGCUCAGCUCUACGAACAGCAGCAGCAACACAACCUGCUCAAACAGCACAUCCGCCAGACGGUGCUGACGCGAGCAGGCAGCAAGUCUCAGGUGGUGGAGCAUGUAGAGGAAGAGACUGAGGCAGCCGUGGCCCAGGAGAUGAAGGACCAGCCGGAGGUCAUCGACCUCACCGACACCCGCAAGGCUCCCUCCUCCGAGAACCCCCUCGACCCGCCAACCCUGCUCCUGCUCCAGCGGCAGCAGCAGAGGGACCUCGUUGCACGCCACUCCCUCCACGUGGGUGGGGGCGAAGGAUCGGCGUUCACGCCACGUCACCCGCACGGCCACCACGGGGCGCGGCCGCUCUCGCGCGCCCUCUCGAGCCCGCUGGUGAGCCUGAGCCCGCCCGGAGGUAGCCCCCAGACGCAGCAGCAGGAGGCGGCAACCAUGGGCAACCCCGGUGCGGCACCUGGAAGCAGCCCUCCCCGGGUGACCACGGGCCUGGCCUACGACAGCCUGAUGCUCAAGCACCAGUGCAUCUGCGGUGACUACUCGAGCCACCCCGAGCACGGCGGCCGGCUGCAGAGCAUCUGGGCGCGGCUGCAGGAGACGGGACUGGCUGCACGCUGCGAGAGAAUUCGUUCCCGGAAAGCAACCUUGGAGGAGAUCCAGUCUUGCCAUGAUGAAGGCUAUGCGUUUAUGUUCGGCACCAACCCUCUCAACCGACAGAAGCUAGAAAUGAGCAAACUGGAGCUUCCCAUCAAGAGCUUCGUGAUGCUCCCCUGCGGCGGGAUCGGCGUCGACUCGGACACGACGUGGAACGAGCUGCACACGGCCAGUGCAGCGCGCAUGGCGACUGGUUGCGUCAUCGAGCUGUCCUUCAAAGUGGCCACGGGGGAAGCCAAGAACGGUUUCGCCAUGGUUCGUCCCCCCGGGCAUCAUGCCGAGUUCAAGCAAGCAAUGGGCUUCUGCUUCUUCAACUCUGUGGCGAUAGCAGCCAAGCAACUGCGGCAGAAGCUCAAGAUGGAGAAAAUCCUCGUCAUCGACUGGGACGUCCACCAUGGGAAUGGACUGCAGCAGAUCUUCUACGACGACCCCCAUGUUUUGUACGUCUCUCUCCACCGGCACGACGACGGAAAUUUCUUCCCCGGGACGGGAGAUCCCCAAGAGGUUGGGGUCGAAGAUGGAACGGGGUUCAACGUCAACAUUGCGUGGUCUGGGACACUGAAUCCGCCGAUGGGAGAUGCAGAGUACAUUGCAGCUUUCAGGACCAUUGUGAUGCCGAUCGCGCGGGACUUCGACCCUGAGAUCGUGCUGGUGGCAGCUGGCUUUGAUGCGGCCGCAGGUCACCCGCCCCCGCUUGGUGGCUACCAGAUAUCACCAGCGUGCUUUGCCUACAUGACAAAGCAACUCAUGACCUUGGCAAAGGGAAAAGUUGUGUUGGCACUGGAAGGAGGGUAUGACCUCCCCUCUAUCUGCGACUGCUCCCAGGAGUGCGUGGCGGCGCUCCUCGGAGACGAAGUGAGUCCGCUGAGAGAAGAAGAGGUCACCCGGCAACCCUGUGGGGCAGCCGUCCAGGUGCUUCAGAGGACGGCGGCCAUUCAAGCUCCACACUGGCCUUGCAUCAAGAAGUGGGCACCAACCAUCGGCUCCUCGCUUUUGGACGCUCAGCAGAAGGACAAGGAGGAGGUGGAGACGGUGACAGCCCUGGCCUCGCUUUCCAUGGCGGUGCAGAUGCAUGGUCCCAAGUCAGAACCGCCUCAGGAAGAUGAGCCGAUGGAAGAGGACCAAGACAAGUAACCGACCCAAGCGACGAAGAUUGCACAGGAAGCUGGGGGGACAUGCACGUCCCUCGCCCAAAGAGCCAAGGAACACGUGCCGAUGCACACUACCGAGGAGGAUAAACAAUGUAAAAUGUGCUCCACACAUGGGACAGUGCAGUGGCGGUGCAGUUACAAACGACGAAACGCAGGACCAUCCAACUACGGCGCUCGUCAGGAUCGUCUACCAUCUGUCGUUCGUGGGGUAGUCCACAGACAGUUCAACGUGCGUCGAAUGUUCCGGAGGUUACUGCAGACUAAUCUCGGAUUCGGCUUUCGUCGUCCGUAAAACCUGCUUCAGACAAAGUGUUGGAGUGAUCUACAUCCCGACGCACAUGACGUCUUACCGGGUGUUGCCGGCAGGUGGUAGCGAAGAUAUGCCUGUUACGAUUUUACUCUCUCAUUGUUUUUUUAGAUUGUUCCUGCGGGGGGCUUCGGUACGAUUUGGAAGCUGUGCCAAUGAAACGUGUUUAUAUCAGUGCUAGAAAUUUGGUAUAAAAGCUUUUUUUCUUUCUCGAAUUCUUUUCGGACUUAGACAUUUGGAACGAACCUGCUAACGAGAAGGAAUGCAUCGUUUCCGUAGCGUCCAUUUAGAUAUAAGUUCAAGUGGAACUCUCCACUCUCUCAAAUGUUGGAAUGCAUUCACUUCAGAAGGAACUUUGCAGCAAGUUGAACUGAGCAGGCUCUGUGGAGCACAUUUACCAUCUGCCGAAAGGAAGAUGGUUUCUCAAUAAAACGGUUGCAUAUUUUGUAGCCAUCUGGCUGCCCUUGGCACGACACAAGUGAGCUGGUGGAUAGGACUUCUUUUAGUAUUCCCCAUCCCGUUGCAUACUUCAGGAACAGGGCAUUCUUUAGACAAGUUUUACACCUUUCAUGCUAUGUGACAUCAGCGGUUCAACCACUGUACGCAGUGUAUGUGUCGACUAAGCAUUCAACUCAAAAACGUCAUGGGUACUUGGCGAAGGAAAGAGACGAGUUGUGUUUAGAAGUAUAUAUACACACACCUCUAGGUGUGCCGGAACUUUUUAGAAUGUGCGCUUUAUAUACCAUACCAUACCCUGGUGCAUCCAAGUAUCUUUAGCUAGCUGAGCUGACCUGAUACAAUUUAGCUCUCGAAUUAGAAAAGGAAAAAAAAAAAAAAAGAGUAGAAUGAAAAACUGCAGAUGAUGCAGUUUCUCCUAGGGCUUGAUGUAUUUUAUACCACCGUUUGCUGCUAAGCAUUUUGGAAAUGGGCAUUAGACGUUUUGAGUGUAAUAAGUUUCACUCCGAGUCAUUUCCUUUGUCCUACAUGCUAGUCAAGUGUGCGCUGUGCAUCUCCUCGGUGAUUUGAGGAGAUGACUUACCCAGUUGGACUUGUGUGCCGGCUUUUUCUACCGUGGCCUAUGUGUCAAGGAGAGGAAGUAGCGAAGGUGGGAUCGUCGUCUGAAACCAUUCUUUAUUGACGCGAGAGAAGGAAAAUCUUCUCUGACUCGUAAAGCCGUCGUUUCGUCGUACGAACACCCUCCGCCAUACAAAGUCAUCCAAUUGGUGGAUACGGUCGUGGAAAACAAACAGUGCAAAGCUACCCCCCACGUCACUCGGUAUUUGUCUAGUGCAGCCAUUUUAAGAGAGAACCAUCUGAUACUUGUUAUAAGUUGCACACACACACGAAAUGAACAUGCACUCAACCUGCACAGCUGCUUAGGACAAGAGAACUUUUGGAAUGUGUGUUAUACGCAUGCCUCGUACUGCGGAGCAGGUCUAGAACGUUUUUUUUUUCUUUUAAAGUUUUUCUGCGAGUGUGCAAUGUUGAACCCCGCUGUGGUGGUCGACCCCUCUGCUUUUGUGCGCUCCCUUUCGUCUUCUUUUUGACUGUUCGGUGUUAGUCCUCUACAUGCUAUGUGCUAUGUGUGUCAUGAGAGCAACAAGCAAGCAGCGACAUUUUUAUGUAAAGCACUCUGCCGUCAGCUUUCCUAGGUGUUUCUCGUGUAUAAGCCUGAACCCAUCUACUCUCUCUAUGUGUGGGCGCACAGUUGCAGAGGAUCUGAUUCUUUUCCUGUUUCUUUUGUAAAUAAUGAAAUUGGUGAUCAUCCCAAACAAGCAGCUUCUUGUUGAGUCAACGUUAAAUUUGCGUGUAUCAAGACAGGGAGGUGACAGGAGGCAAAGAAACGUUUUUGUUCUGCCAUUGUUGUGUACAAAUGAGAGGUCCUAUUCCGUCUCAUCCUCGAUUCAAGGUCAAGACAAAGUAUGCCCAGGCCGGUCAGUUGUCAUGUGUCCAUUACGCAAAACAUAGAACAACAACACUGUUGAAAGUUUGCAUCCCAUCCUCACACCAUUUGGAGUCGAAAGCACCGUGGCUGCUGUGUCGUCGUAUAAUCCGAGGUUUCAAUCUUGCUUUAGCUCGAAAUGCACCGAGGCAGGUCUGAAACAAUUUAAACAGCUGACCUUCAUUUUCUUCUUUUUUUUUCUUUUUUAAGGAGUGAGAAACUGUUGCCCAAAGCAUGGGGACAUGGCACAAACUGCUUGUCUUGGUACCUGUUUUUAUUGUUUUUGUCACAUUCAAAGUUUUGAGAGGUGGAAGCUUUUGCCGAAUGCCGUUAUGGUCAAGUGCUCUGUACUAUAUUUUGGGUGUGCCUGUACAUAAAAAAUGUAAUUUUUUGUUGCUUUUUUUUUUCCACUUUUGCAUAUAUGCAUUAGUUGUGUAUAGUUACUUUUGUGCGGGAAAUGCAACUUGGCUUUGUUUUCGCGGGCCUAGUACUCGUGCGAGGCCCGAGUUUUUAAACUGAGACAUUUGAAACAAAUUAUGUUUAUCUAGUCAAAUUAUGAUCUUCUUUUUUUUUUUUACCUUUUUAUUGCCUUGUUUUUUUUUAUGCGUUUGGAGCUUGUUAAUUGUGGCGUGGUAAAAGAGAGUGGCUACCUUGAACAUGACUGAAAAUGUCAGCUUGGUGCAGCGGACAAUGGGCGAAAGACUAGUCAGGAGACUGGGCUAACCUGGAAGAGGACUGUUUUGUUGUUUGGUUGUUACAUAUUACUGUCUUGUAUAUUGUAUGUUGAAGAGAUAUAUGGUAAUUUAAGCUGUACAGUGCGACCUAUGUGUAUCUUGGAUUAUAUAUUAUACUAAUCAUUGCAAAGCAAGAAGCUGAUACAUAUAUUUUUUGCCACAUGUAUAUGUAAACUUUGUGCCAUUGUAAAAGUGCAUUAUAUUAUCGUUAUAGAGAAAUAUUUGUAUUUUUUUUCAUGCAUCUGUAUUAUUAAUAAAUCAUUAUUCAGUGCCUAUUAA